AUGCCCGAACAACAAACCAGUAUCUCCCAAGACACCGCACAAGGCAUGACUGCCCAGGCUGGAGGUCUAGAGAAUGCGGCAGGUCAAAUUGAAAGACUCAGACAAAGAGCAGAAGCAGCUGGACUAGAUCCUGAUGAGCAUAUCAACACGAGUCAACGGUACAUCGCUCUGUCAAGUCAACUGGCUGAAGUGUUACAAGCGUCCAGUCAAUCUCAAGAGAAUAACAAUCAAUGA